GGGUUCCCAUGGCUGCGGACGAAAUCCUUUGUGGGAGCGCCCUUGGGCGCUUGGGAUGCCACCUGCGGGAGGGAACAGUGCCCUUUGAGCCAGGUGGCGCAGAAGGUGGCGAGUGGACAGGAAAUCCUGGACCUGAUUAAUGAUUCGCCUUGUUCCGAAGUGGGGACAGGGCCGGGAUGGUUCUGGGGCUGUCCACCAUGGAGCUGAAGGUAUGGGUGGAUGGCAUUCAGCGGGUAGUCUGUGGGGUCUCAGAGCAAACCACCUGCCAGGAAGUGGUCAUUGCAUUAGCCCAAGCCAUAGGCCAGACAGGUCGCUUUGUGCUUGUGCAGCGUCUUAAGGAGAAAGAACGUCAGCUGUUGCCUCAAGAGUGUCCAGUAGGUGCCCAGGCCACCUGUGGACAAUUUGCCAAUGACGUUCAGUUUGUCCUGAGGCGGACAGGGCCCAGCCUGGCUGGAAAGCCCUCCUCUGACAGCUGUCCACCCCCAGAACGUUGCCCAGUUCAUACUAGCCUACUUCCCAAACCAGGGGUAGCACCGGGCCGGGAGUCCCACAGAGCACUGACCUUUAACCUGGGGUAUCCCAGGCUGGCCCCUAACCACUCAUCUUCUGAGCUUCCAGCCCCUGUGGUACCCAGCCUAGGUUGCAUGGAAGACCUACAGGGCAUGGAGAUCAGGGUGCAGAGGAAUGCAGAGGAGCUAGGCCACGAGGCCUUUUGGGAGCAGGAGCUAAGGUGGGAAGAAGCCAGGGAACGAGAGGGGCAGGCACGUCUGCAGACACUGAGUGCAGCCACUGCAGAGCAUGCUGCCCAGCUGCAGGCCCUAGAUGCACAGGCCCGUGCCCUGGAAGCUGAGUUGCUGCUGGCCACUGAAGCUCCUGGGCCCCCCUCUGCCACACUGUCUGCCACUGAGCGCCUACGCCAAGACCUGGCUGUCCAAGAGCGGCAGAGCGUGGAGGUACAGGACAGCCUGGCCAUGGUGAGCCAGGCUCUGGAGGCAGCCGAGCGUGCACUGCAGGCUCAGGCACAAGAACUGGAGGAACUGAACCGGGAAUUGCGUCAGUGCAACCUGCAGCAGUUCAUCCAGCAGACGGGAGCUGCGCUGCCAACACCCCCGCAGCCAGGCAGAGCCUCCCCUGUCACACAGGACCUUCUGUCUUCAGCUGGAGAAGAUCCCUUGCAGGGAGCCCCCAAGACCCCCGUCCCAGUGCCCACUCUGAGCCUGGAGGUCACUACCAUGAGGCAGAGCUCCUGGAGGUAGCAGCUCCUGCCCUAGACCAGUGCUGUGGAAGUGCCACGGAACAUAGACGAGCCAGGACAGUCAGACAAAGCGCAAGGACAACAGGAGUCUGAUCAGAGAUGCCUUUCUGGUGCCUUAAGUUUGUGCUUCAGGAGGCUGGGAGGGGGGUGCCCUAGUCCUUGCCAAGUCUGACAGGCCCCCUGGAGAAGUAGAGGAUGUAGCUCAGAACUUACCAGGCCUCAGAGACCACUACUGCUAUUGGGGAUGGAAGAUGUGUGCACAGUGGACUCAGCUUAUGGAUGUGUGUGCUGCCUCCCUUACCCUGACUAUGAACCUCAAUAAACUGCCCAUAGUGCCUUGA